UCCGCGCGCCUGUCGCUCCCACUUUGCGCGCUCCUUCCCUGGCGGGGGAAGUUGGGGAGAAUGGACAGGGUCGUGCUGGCGUGCGUGGCUCUCUGCUGGCUGACAGGCGUGGCAGAAGGCCUUCAGGUCACAGUGCCCGACAAGAAGAGGGUGGCCAUGCUCUUCCAGCCCACUGUGCUCCGCUGCCACUUCUCCACAUCCUCCCAUCAGCCCGCAGUUGUGCAGUGGAAGUUUAAAUCCUACUGCCAGGACCGGAUGGGGGAAUCCUUGGGCAUGUCUUCUCCUCGGUCCCAGUCUCUCAGCAAAAGAAACCUGGAGUGGGACCCCUACUUGGACUGUUUGGAUAGCAGGAGGACUGUUCGAGUGGUAGCUUCAAAACAGGGCUCAACCGUCACCCUGGGAGAUUUCUACAGGGGCAGAGAGAUCACGAUUGUUCAUGAUGCUGAUCUUCAAAUUGGAAAGCUCAUGUGGGGCGACAGCGGACUCUACUACUGCAUCAUCACUACCCCGGAUGACCUGGAGGGUAAAAACGAGGACUCGGUGGAACUGCUGGUGCUGGGCAGGACAGGGCUGCUUGCUGAUCUCUUGCCCAGUUUUGCUGUGGAGAUAAUGCCAGAGUGGGUAUUUGUUGGCCUGGUGAUCCUGGGAGUCUUUCUCUUCUUCGUCCUGGUGGGGAUCUGCUGGUGCCAGUGCUGUCCUCACAGCUGCUGCUGCUACAUCCGCUGUCCCUGCUGCCCGGAGUCCUGCUGCUGCCCUCAGGCCUUGUAUGAAGCAGGGAAAGCAGCAAAGGCCGGGUACCCUCCCUCCAUCUCCGGUGUCCCUGGCCCCUACUCCAUCCCCUCUGUCCCCUUGGGAGGAGCCCCCUCAUCUGGCAUGCCGAUGGACAAGCCGCACCCACCUCCCCUGGCUCCGAGUGACUCCACUGGAGGAAGCCACAGUGUUCGCAAAGGUUAUCGGAUCCAAGCUGACAAAGAGAGAGACUCCAUGAAGGUCCUAUACUAUGUCGAGAAGGAGCUGGCUCAGUUUGAUCCAGCCAGAAGGAUGAGAGGCAGAUAUAACAACACCAUCUCAGAACUCAGCUCCCUACAUGAGGACGACAGCAACUUCCGCCAGUCUUAUCAUCAGAUGCGAACUAAGCAAUUCCCCAUGUCUGGGGACUUGGAGAGCAAUGCUGACUACUGGUCAGGUGCCAUGGGAGGCAGCACUGGGGCAAGCCGGGGGCCCUCAGCCAUGGAAUAUAACAAAGAGGAUCGGGACAGCUUCAGGCACAGCCAGCCACGGUCCAAGUCGGAGAUGCUGUCUCGAAAGAACUUCGCCACCGGGGUGCCGGCCGUCUCCAUGGACGAGCUGGCGGCCUUCGCUGACUCCUACGGGCCGCGGCCGCGCCGGGCCGAUGGCAACAGCCACGAGGCCCGGACCGGGAGCCGCUUCGAGCGCUCGGAGUCCCGGGCGCACGGGGGCUGCUACCCCGACGGCUCGUUGGAGGAGUACUAUCCGCGGAGCCGCAGCCGGGAGCCCCUGGGCGACUCGGAGCGCGCCUGGGCCUACAGCCCCGCGCGCCGGCGGCCGCCCGAGGAGGCGCACCUGCCGCGCCUGGUGAGCCGCACGCCGAGCGCGGUGCCCAAGUACGACCACGCGCACCGCAGCGGCGCGCCCGAGCGCCAGGCCCGGCCCGAGGGCGCCAGCCGAGGCGGGAGCCUGGAGACGCCCGCCAAGCUCAGUGCGCGGCUAGGCCCGCGCAGCGCCUCUUACUACGCCUGGUCGCCACCUGCCACCUACUCCUCCGCCGUGUCCGGCCACGAAGACGACGACGACGACGACGACGAUGAUGAUGAGGCGGACGAAGCUCUGCCGCCCUACAGUGAGCGCGAGCUGAGCCGCGGCCCGUCCUACCGCGGUGGGCGCGAGCUGUCCUUCCACAGCAACUCGGAGAAGAGGAGGAAAAAGGAGACCACCAAGAAAACUAAUGACUUUCCAACCAGGAUGUCCCUUGUGGUCUGAUGUUGUUUUCAAGACAUCUCUCUGGAUGACUGGAAAUCACAAGCUGACUACAGGGAUAAGACACAAAUCCGAGAGCCAGUAGGCCUGGGACCUUUUCUGGCCACCGCCUGGGAAGAUAUGCUGAUCUCUGCUUUGUCAAGGGAUAGGAGACACCUUUGAGGGAAGUUGAUUCCAAACCUCAGUGUCCAUCUAACUAGUUUGAGAAACUUAUCAAUAAAACAACUAUGCGUGAGAGAGUCCUCACACAUGGUGUUUCGCACCCAGAGUUCAUUCUGCCCCAUCUCCUCACUCAGCCAAACCAGGCUGAAGAGAAACCAAACCAAUUCUGAAAGAGAAUUAGCACUGGACUGCUAAUUUCCAAAUGUUGCCGCUGCCUACACUAUGCUUUUCUCUACUGUCUGUGCCGUGUUUAGAGAAAGAAGACGUUAUUACUGCUACUAGAAGAAGGCUACUACUGACAACAGAAGAUAGCUUCAGGCAAAAUAUACCUUUUAUCCCUAUCACCUCCCAGUCACCAGUCAAUGACUGUUGUUACACUAAAAUGGGAAGGCCUCUGGUGAGCUCAUGACAGUGACCUGCUGGACAAUCACAGAAAUGAUUUCACUUUGCUGCUCUGGAUGACAGCUCCUGAGCAAAACAAAGGGAAUACAUCUUUUUUGAAAAGCUGUCUAAUUGGUAUUUCCAUUCUGAGAACAUGAACUGCUUUUUCUCUUCUGUACAUGUCGACAUCUGAGUCUUGGACAUUAAGGGCUCUCCUUUUCCUCCCCUCUCCUGCACUUUCCACAGGUUGGUGCCACACACAGAGCCCCGCCUCCCUCUGCACUCUGAUGAUAUUGUCAUCCGGUGCCUUUUGAUAAAUGUUCAAAAUGCACACGUGUAAGAGACGAGAAGGAAAAAGAAGAAAAAGUAGUAAUGCAAAGCAGAAAAAUAAAAAAGAAUUUAAGAGGAAGGAAACAUAUGGCCUCAUAUGUUGAUUGUGGGCCAUUUUCCUUACAAACUCCACUCCGUCUUCUUUCGUUUUGUACCUCAUUUAACAUGACUUGUUUAUGCCAGCCUAGCUCUGCACUGCAAGACCCCAGGGAUACAGAACUGCAUCUCUUGGCCUGACCGGGCUGCUGCCCUAGCUGCUUUUGAGACAUGAGAAAUAGCACUUGCUCAGGAAGAAGCACUUCUGCUCCCACACUGGCCUAGGUAAAUGAUUGAUUUUGCCGAAUUCCCACAGCUAGAUCUUUCUGGACUUUGUAAUUUGGACAGGUUACGAAAGGAUGACCACAAAUUUCUCAUCUAGAAAUGCAAUCUGUUCCUCCCCAUCUUGGAUCCAGGGCUGAUUUUCUUAGGGCUACACAGGUAGAAACUUGAAAAAUUCUUGUGCAUGGGGCUUAUCCUCUCUUUCUGCUCUUGGGAGCCUUGCAGUCACCAGCAGGUGAACAAACAUGGGCCAUCCUGCUGCAUAACAAGAGAAGAGGCCCAGUUGACUAGCCACAUUCUGCUAUUCUCAAUUGAUUGCAAAGACAUGAGUUAGCCUAGGAAGACCAACAGAAGAACUGUCUAGCUGAGCCCAGCCCAAAUUGCUGAUUCUUAUACAAGGAUGAGAAGCUGGUGCAGUCUUAAAUGUUUAUUUUUCUUCAAGAAAAAGCUAACUUCUCCUUGUCUGAAUGUUGAAUCCCUGUUCCAUCUAAAGUGAGGUGUCUCAAAGUGUCAGUUUUUUUUUUGACAGACAUUUGUCAAAGCUUUUCAUUCCAUACUAUUACUGUGGUGCAUAGUCGGAUCCUAUCACUAGAGGAUAGUGCUGUCCCCCACUCCCAGCAGGGAUCCAUUCUCCAUCUGUGGAUCCACGGGCAACCAUGACAAGGUUCCUUCUUCAGCAUCUCCUUGGUCUUCUCCAGAGCCACCUGAUUGGAACUAGGCCCUAUUCUUAAAUACCAUUCCACUGGUAUCCAUUAUUUCGUGGAUUUGCAGAAUCGUCAUACUUGUAUAAUGAAAUAAAGAAGCCCCUGGGUGAGAGUGAGAAAGGUGAGUUGGUAUCAUUGCUUGGAAGAGAACUGGUCUACGAAAGGACUUCCCACUGCUUUUGGCCUGUCCCAGAGGAACCAGGAGGACAGUUCAGCCCAGUACCUGCACUUCCAAGGACUGGAAAGACAUGAGCCAUAAUCUUGGUGCUGAGUUUUAACCUUGCUGGUGUUCCUGGGCUCUGAAAGCCUAGGUCUAAUGUGUCUGUUUGGGCCCCAAUUCAGGUGGAAAAGAUGGUUAAAACAUCAUUUCUUAGUCACCAGCUUUGGAUUUCAACUUGCUCAGGCAAUUUUGGAGAAUAUUGGGCGGCGGCAGUAACUAUUAUCUCACUACACUGAGCACUGUGGCAGGCUUCUCACCACCAAAGAGCCCCAUAGCACCAGCUGCACAGACCAAAAAUAUUGCUUUUCUUAGCCAGGGGCAUGUAUGAUAUGGGUGAAGGUUGAGGUGGAGCAAUGGGAAAGCGUUAUUAAAAUUGGAAACCUGCAAUUCCAGAGACAACAAAACUACAGACACAAAAAUACAAAGAUAACAGGCUACUGAAAGAACCUGUGGGGAGGGCUGGCUUGUCCCCUGCAAGACUGUAAACAUCACUCAGAUUUCCAAGUGUUCCAUCAAGAGAAACAGUUGUUUCUGGGCAUGUGGACAGGAGAUGAGGCAUCCGUGACACCUCAGCUUUUUCUCUCUACAUCCCUUUGUUUCUUCUUCCCUCAAUCAUGUGUCCUAACAGAAAGUGCUUUUCUCUAUUAGCUUCCUUCCUAGAUUUUCUUAGGGCUACAAGAUAAGUCAUGGUCUUUGUCCUUGGUUGGGGACCCUGCAAUUUAAUAGGGGAAGUGAGACAUGCCCAAGAAAGAAUUAGGAUAUUUUAUGAAUUAUAACAUGAGACAUUGCUCUGGAAAAUGACAGCAAACCCGGAGAAUUAAAGUUUUUUUAAAUUUAAGUGAGUAUAUUUUAAUAUUUAAGUGUUGUUUGUCCUUCCACCUUAAAGAUAUGUUCAGUCAUCUGAAAAGCCAAUAUUCAAAACCAGAAUAGAAAGAGGUGAAUUAAGAGGGGGAGAGCUGCAAGGCAGAGGACCCAGUGGGAUGCUCAUGAGCUGCCAUGCUGGUGAGUCACCACUGAGUCAGCGACAUGGGGGGAGGGGGCAUGGAUGCAGGUGGCAAGGGGUGUCCCCUAGUAGCUGAAUGGCUUCUCUAGGCCAUGCUGGGGACACUAGUCAUGGACAGAGUGGUCCAGGUCAGCUGGUCCAGCUAUGCAUGCUCACAGGGGUAGCGCUGCAUCUGAUUCUCAAGGGAUUUAGGUCUGCAACUUUGAGGGUGCUGCCUACCCCCCUUCACACAACACAAGGCUUGCUGAAAUGAUGGGCCUCCCUCCUUUCUCACAAGCCUCUCUCUGCGCCUGGCGCAGGACUGUGCCGACUGGGGGUGGGAAGGGAGCCGAGGCACUUAUGCUGAGCAUUCCCAGACACAUCUGUACAUAUUUCUAAAUAGGCGCAAAGACUUCACAUAGGUAAUCUGUAGACCCAAGGCAGCCUUUGAAAAAGCCUGAAGUCAUAGAUUUGUAAUCUUCCUCCACCCCUCCACUUUUUUUUCUUUAUAGCUGUUGAAAUAAAUCACUAGUGAAGUUACAAACUAAUUAGCUCUUUAGACUCCAAACUUGUCUGUUCUACUAGAUCAGUGUUUCCCAAAAAUAAUAGCCAUAGAAUUACUCUAUUGCUGUUAAAAUGUAUUAUUGGACUCUGCAUUGGGGAUUAAGCCAGGAUUUGUUCUUAAAAUUUAUUUCAGGGAAGUCCUGUGACCAGAUGCAUUUGGGAAAUGCUGCAUUAAAGUUUACCCCUGAUAUACCCCCAAACAGUUGGUUCUGAGGCUUCCUUGGGUCGUGAAAUAUUUUCUUCAAAUGCCCUGGUUGGGUCUUCUCACUCCCUUGGGUCUGGCAGUGGCGAAGCCCCCAGCAGUCCAGCUGUGACUGUGAUGACUGACUUGCCAGGAUCCAAUGUGGGAGAACUGUGUCACGAAGGGAGAGAAGAAAGCUAGGAGCACCCCAGGGAGCCUGUUCUAGACGUUUCCAAUCUUAGAAUAGUUACUUGUUGUGACAAUCUCAGAUCCGGCAACAAGAAUUACAGGUAAUUUUCUCAUUCCCUAGAUGCCAUUCUGAGCAAAACUUAGAUUGUGAAAAGAAAGACCAUAAAGGAGAUGGCAGAAAGAAAUCAUUUUUAAAGCAAAUUACCAGCCUGGCUAAUCAACACUUCCUCCUGCAGACCCAAAGUGAUGUGAGCAUGAAUAAUAAACUCUAUAUAAUAGUCCUUCCACAAUUGUAUCUAGAUGUUGCCAGAAUCUUACACAAGUUUGAAAUUGAUUUGGAGAAUAUUGAGAUCCAAAUUCAUCAAACUAGGGCCAGGUACUUAAAGUUCUAGAAGAAAAAAGUGCCUAGAUUUUUUUUCCUGCCAGGAUCCUACCUCCUCUUCACCUGAGAAGUUGAGCAAUGAAGCUCCGGGUCAGAGGCUUUAACAUCCGGCAGGCAAGAUACUGCUGAGCUGCUUGAAGCUGCAGCCUGAGCUUUAGCACUGCCUGGGGGUGAUUAAGUUAAUGCUAAUAAUUUGUACAUGCUAUUCAUGGUGUAUUAUUGUUUACAGAUCAUUUUCACAUAUGUAUUCUCUCAUUUGAUGGCCACAAAAACCCCCUGUGAUAGAAGCAGGGUGGAUGUUGUGGUCCCUUCAAACAGAAGGCAAAGUUGGGGUUGAAAAAAAAUCUGUGAAAUGUUAAAAUUAUAGAAGCCAAGCCUUCUGAAUAUCUAAGAAUCUUUCCUAUUCCUCCAAUACUCGUGGGACUGGGAUCUGGCAAAUUCUCUUCACAGCUGAUGUCUGGUGACAAGAGUCUUGGACUCUGUUCUCACUCAUGUCAUUGGUGAAGCCAUAAAGACAGACACAGUUGCUGCUUCUUCCUACCAAGCACCUCAACUGCUGCUUCAAGAGGAGUCUGCUUCACCCAAGGAGACCUUCGUUUUCAUUAGCCGUGCUGGGAGGGAAGACAGGCUUUGAUAAAAAUGUGCUUCAGAUUUUAGAAUCCUUGAAGAAUUUUUGAGCCAAACCACAAAUGCAUCAUAAUUCUGGGGGCUGAGGGUAACCUGCUUGGGAGCAAAAUAGCUGGCAUCUUCACUGCACAUGAGCAUUUUAGAUAAAAGUAAGAGGAACCAAAUACAGAGGGUUAGUUAAAAAAAAUUUUAGCCUCUUGGGCUAGACACAGGUAAAUGCACUUGGACCCUUUUCUUCUGGGAAAGCUAAAAGAGAAACAACUUCUUUUCUACCUUGGCUUUAAGGAAAAGCCACUUUAUUAACAAAGGUACUAGACACUAUUCCAUGGAAAGUUUCCUUGUGGGACUAAAAAACAAUGGGACAAAGGGGGUUCAGAAAUCUGCUUCAUGAGAAUCAUUGCCCAAUUGUUUUUGUGCCUUGUCUGUGGCAUCAAAAUGAAAAUGUUUGUGUCACUGUUGCCCGUGUUUUUUGGGUUUUUUUUUGGUGUCAAACAGAGAGAGUAAAUUUUAGUUGUGAUGUUUUACGCUAAAUAAAGCAUU